CCGUUCAACGAUGAGACGUGCCCUCGCCUGCUUGUGGCCCGUGCUCAUCGCCAUCGGCACCUUCAUGACUUUCCUCACGCCUCCCCGAGUCAUUGCGAUGCCAUCUGACGCUGUUGCAAGAAGCCUCUCCCGUAGCAUGACAUCACGACUUAUUCAAACGCCUAUUCUUGUGGAUGAAGCCCUCCACACCGACUUCUGGGAACGCGCAGCACAACUCGGUGCUUUUGCGCGGAAAUAUGCUGAAUCUCGCAUAGACGAAGUUCAAACUACGUAUCCACAAUACAUCAAAGAGGUGGGGACCAUCAAGGACGCCAUCCCACACAUUGUCUUUGUUGCAGCGGGUUUCAGAGCCCGCAUAAAGCAAGCGAAUCUACUCAUGACGAGAGACGCCAGCAACAGCGGGACAGCGUCUGACGAUGUCUCUAGUGAAAGCGUCAUGGAUGACAUCGCUGACAAAGUAGACAAGAACCUUGCCGAGCUUCUCGAGGAGCUUUCAGCGGCGUUCCCGCCCCCAGACCAUGCGCUACAUCAUGUUGCAAGAAAGGACCUAGUCAACCAGAUACUAUCUCGCGCAGAAGACAUCAUUACACGUAUCUGUGUCGAAGCAGGCUUGCCGGAAGAAGAGGUGAGAGCGCAAUUGCGGUUGCUGCAUCCGUAUAUUGUCACAGCCGUGGUCACGAUCGGGGAUAUUGCUGAGCAGCAUCCAGACGUGGUGGAGAUCCUCCUGAUCACUGCGGCAUUUAUGAUCAUCCCAGAGGGAUGGAUUCUGCGCCCUGUUGCUCGGCUGUUCGGUAUUGGCCCUUACGGGCCGGUGAAAGGCUCGACCGCUGCAUGGGCCCAGCGAACGUUUUACGGAGGGGAAGUGAAGGCCGGGAGCUGGUUCUCGCACCUUCAGCGAGCGGGAAUGAAGCCCAUCAUUCAGCCUGUCAAGAAGGGUAUUGUAGGCCCAGUUGUGGGUGUAAUUGGUGUAGUGGGAUCUGUUUUCGCGUGUGGGUAAAGGGUCGGGCUAUACCAUUUCUCGGAUGCAAC